AUGGCAAUAGAUGGUCAGACACCUAAUCCAGGCGAGGACGGACAUGUAGAGGAUAUAAUCCCUACAAUCCAUACCAGCGAUCCGCUGAUCGCCACAUUUCAAGAGGCUGAUGACCCUCCUGUUACUGCAACCUCUCUGAAAGCCGCACUCAACAAGCUCCGAAAGGAGUUUGAGAGCAAUAGAGCCUCUACCUCUAGGCAGCCGCCUAGGAAAGAGGGGGAACACCCCAUUUCUCCGAACGAACAAGCCACUGAGAGGCCCGGCUUAGUACAGGAACAAGCUAAGAACAAGUAUUGUCAUUACCACAAGGACGUGGGACAUGACACGAACGAUUGUAUCAAUUUGAAGAGAUUGUUGGACAAGCUAGCUGAGAAAGGCAUGCUGAACUCUUAUGUGAUGAAGUCCAAAUUCACUUACACACGGACAGACAACACGUCCGAGAAGAGACUGAAAAAUGAUAAGAGCAAAGACAAGGAAGAUGAUGGGAAUAACACUGAUUCAGGCUUUUUGGUCGUGAUAUCAGGAGGUUUCGCCUCAGGCGGCCUAACCAUGAAAGGGAUCAAGCAAGACGCCUGGAACUUGGGAAAGGUGAUGCAAACGGAUGCAGUAAAGGCCGAACCCUUUCCCAAAGUAAUCAUCAGCGAGACUAACCGGUGGGAUGUCAAAGCCCUGCAUAAUGAUCCCAUGGUAUUCAUUAUGAAGAUAGCCAAUUUGAAGGUUGGACGAAUAUUGAUUGAUACGAGUAGCUCGGCCGACAUCAUUAGCCUGGCCGCUUUGAAGAAUCUAAGCUUCCUAGAGGAUGCUCUUCAAGACAUCACUAACCCGUUGGUAGGAUUUUGGGGGAAUAUUAUCCACCCGGUUGGGCGAAUAGACCUACCCAUCCGCUAUGGGCAACAAAGGGAAGGAAGAGAUAUGGUUGUCCGCUUCUUGGUUGUAAAAGAACUGACUGGAUAUAACGUCAUACUCGGCCGUCCUACACUGAAUGCAGCCAAAGCAGUCAUUGUACCUCAUCUAAUGUUGCUAAAGUUCGAGAGGACGGACAGAAAAAUUGGGACAAUCCAAGGAAGUCAGAAAAUGGCUAAGGAAUGUAAUCAGUUGACCGUUAAGCCUACAACACGUGGACCAAAAUUGUCCGAGCCAAAAGAAUAA